AAGAGGAAGAAGACAGGAAUAACCAAUAUGGUACAAGAGGUUUAAAUUUCAAUUAAUAUGUAGUAUGGGAAACUUAAGAAUAACAUUGAUUACAGAAAUAUCAAAACUGGCAUAUUAUCAUCUUUGAAAGCAAAAGAACUUUAAUAUAUUAGAAUGAAAAACAGCAGUACUUGUUUUGCUUUUGUGUUAGCCUUUUUAUGUUUUAAUAAUGCUUUGGCAAACAAGGAUUGUUUAAAAUUGGACUUUUCCGUAACCCAGGAUAUUCAAGGCUAUGGUUUUCAUAGAGUUGCAAAGUGGUUAAUAGAAGCGUCACUGAAUAAAGAACAAUGGGUGAAAUCACUUUGUGAGAUCAUUUUUCACCUGAAUUUGCCUCCUCCACUAUUCGUCAAUCCAGACGAAGUGGCAGACCUUAAACGCUUGAAUAAACUUGAUGUAGUUAUUGAUGGAGCUGUUGAUAUUGAGGUACCUGCACAUAAAGCUACUGAGCAUAAUGUUUAUGUGUUCUUUAACAAUUCCCAGAUUGAAAAACUUCCACUGUCCUUACCAAUACAUUUAAGGUAUCAACGGGCACAAAUUACUGGAGGAUUUGCUAAAGUGUCUUUCCCAAAGCCAAGUUUAUUAACAUGGUGUCCAAAGUCGCAACAUAAAAUUUGUGGAAAAGAAGUAAAAGCUCCAGUUUUACAUAUGACAUCAACGAAAAUAUGGUACAACAUUAGUUAUAAGGCUUUAUUUGAUGAUAUCGAAUUGUAUGUUCCUGUGGGUGAUUUAGACCACUAUCCAAUUGUGGCCAUUUCUACAUUACUUUUGGGUUGUGCUGGUUGCAUUUAUAUUCUUUCCAUUUUAUCCACAACUCAUUUGUAACACUACUUAAAACAUUUGACACAUUUUUUAUUCUUUAUAAAACAAUGUUUGUUAUUUAUAGCCAAAUCCAUAAUUAUUAAAUC